UCAGAGGAUUUGAUUUUAAAAGCCACAGAUCUCUCCUUUGUUUGUUUUUGUUUAUUUCCCUGCGCAUGCCCAUGUUUUCCGUGCAGCGCUCGUAGAGGCAGGUGCGAGAGACAGCGGCGGCCGCUCCUCUCCUCCCUGUUUCCAGAGGGGAAAUGUCGAGCGAGAAGCCGGCUUCAGCACCACCGGGCUCCGCUUCUUCGCUCACGGACACGGACCGAGACCCGCACCCCGGGCCGGGCUCCUCCGCGCCGCAGCCGCAGCAGCAGCAGCAGGUCGCCGCGGCGGGCGCUAGCUCCGGCGCCGUCACAGGGGAGAGGAUGGUGUCCGCAGCCGGCUCCAUGGUCCUCCCGGCCGGGGCGAUCAACCCCGCCGCCGUGCCGAUCAGGAAUAUCCAGAUGAAAUUCGCCGUGCUGGUGGGCCUGAUCCAGGUCGGGGAGGUUAGCAACCGGGACAUCGUGGAGACGGUGCUGAACCUGCUGGUGGGCGGCGAGUUUGACCUGGAGAUGAACUUCAUCAUCCAGGAGGCGGAGAGCAUCGGCUGCAUGGUGGAGCUGCUGUCCCACUGCGAGGUGACGUGCCAGGCUGAGAUCUGGAGCAUGUUCACGGCCAUCCUCCGAAAGAGCGUGCGCAACCUGCAGACCAGCACGGAGGUGGGCCUCAUCCAGCAGGUGCUGCUGAAGAUGAGCACGGUGGACGACAUGAUCGCAGACCUUCUGGUGGACAUGCUGGGAGUCAUGGCCAGUUACAGCAUCACAGUCAAGGAGCUGAAGCUGCUCUUCAGUAUGCUGAGGGGAGACAAUGGCAUCUGGCCCAGACACGCGAUCAAGCUCUUGUCGGUGUUGAACCAGAUGCCUCAGAGACACGGUCCUGAUACCUUCUUCAAUUUCCCAGGACGCAGUGCAGCGGCCAUAGCAUUGCCACCAAUUGCCAAAUGGCCUUACCAGAACGGCUUCACCAUCAACACCUGGUUCAGGCAGGAUCCACUCAACAACAUCAACGUGGAUAAAGACAAACCGUACCUCUAUUGUUUUCGCACCAGCAAAGGAAUCGGUUACUCCGCUCACUUUGUGGGAAACUGUCUCAUCGUGACAUCGUUGAAAUCGAAGGGAAAAGGCUUUCAGCACUGUGUGAAAUAUGAUUUCCAGCCCCGCAAGUGGUACAUGAUCAGCAUCGUGCACAUCUACAACCGCUGGAGGAACUCGGAGAUUCGUUGCUACGUUAACGGUCAACUGGUCUCCUAUGGGGACAUGGCCUGGCACGUCAACACCAAUGAUAGCUACGACAAGUGUUUCCUGGGUUCCUCGGAGACGGCGGACGCUAACAGGGUGUUUUGUGGGCAGCUGGGAGCCAUCUACGUUUUCAGCGAGGCCCUGAAUCCAGCUCAGAUCUUUGCCAUUCACCAGCUCGGCCCGGGAUACAAGAGCACCUUCAAGUUCAAGUCCGAGAGCGACAUCCACCUGGCCGAGCACCACAAGCAGGUGCUGUACGACAGCAAGCUGGCCAACUCCAUCUCCUUCACCUACAACGCCAAGGCCACGGACGCCCAGCUGUGCCUGGAGUCCUCGCCGAGGGAGAACGCCUCCAUCUUCGUCCACUCGCCGCACGCGCUCAUGCUACAGGACGUGAAGGCCAUUGUUACCCACUCCAUCCACAGUGCCAUCCACUCCAUAGGAGGCAUCCAGGUCCUGUUCCCUCUCUUUGCUCAGCUGGACUACAAGCAGCUCAACGACUGCAGUGUGGACACGUCAGUCUGUGCCACUCUGCUGGCGUUCCUGGUGGAGCUGUUGAAGAGCUCCGUGGCCAUGCAGGAGCAGAUGCUGGGAGGGAAGGGCUUCCUGGUGAUUGGAUACCUGCUUGAGAAGUCGUCCCGAGUCCACAUCACCAGGGCCGUACUGGAACAGUUCCUGUCCUUCGCCAAGUAUCUGGAUGGUUUACCUCACGGAGCGCCGCUCCUCAAACAGCUCUGUGACCAUGUCCUGUUCAACGCUGCCAUCUGGAUACACACCCCUGCCAAGGUCCAGCUGUCCCUCUACACCUACCUGUCGUCGGAGUUCAUCGGCACCGCCACCAUCUACACCACCAUCCGCCGCGUGGGCACCGUCCUGCAGCUGAUGCACACUCUGAAGUACUACUACUGGGCCAUCAACCCGCUGGAGUGCAGCGGAAUCAGCCCCAAAGGUCUCGACGGGCCGCGGCCGUCCCAGAAGGAGAUCAUCUCGCUCAGGGCCUUCAUGCUCCUCUUCCUCAAACAGCUGAUACUGAAGGACCGGGGCGUGAAGGAGGACGAGCUGCAGAGCAUUCUCAACUACCUACUGACCAUGCAUGAGGAUGAGAACAUCCACGACGUGCUCCAGCUGCUGGUGGCUCUGAUGUCUGAGCACCCGGCGUCCAUGAUCCCUGCAUUCGAUCAGAGAAAUGGAAUAAGGGUGAUCUGCAAACUCCUGGCCUCCAAGAGCGAGAGCAUCCGGGUCCAAGCCCUCAAAGUCCUGGGCUACUUCCUCAAGCACCUCGGUCACAAGAGGAAGGUAGAGAUCAUGCACACGCACAGUCUGUUCACGCUGCUGGGUGAGAGGCUGAUGAUGCACACUAACACCGUCUCCAUCACCACCUACAACACGCUGUACGAGAUUCUGACCGAGCAGGUCUGCACCCAGGUGGUCCACAAACCCCACCCUGAGCCCGACUCCACCGUCAAGAUCCAGAACCCCAUGAUUCUGAAAGUAGUGGCGACCCUCCUGAAGAACUCCUCUCCCAGUGCCGAGCUGAUGGAAGUCCGGAGACUCUUUCUCUCCGACAUGAUCAAGCUCUUCAGCAACAGCCGCGAAAACCGCCGCUGCCUGCUGCAGUGCUCCGUGUGGCAGGACUGGAUGUUCUCCCUCGGAUACAUCAACCCCAAGAGCCCCGAGGAGCAGAAAAUCACCGAGAUGGUGUACAACAUAUUCAGGAUCCUGCUCUACCACGCCAUCAAAUACGAAUGGGGCGGCUGGAGGGUGUGGGUCGAUACCCUGUCCAUCGCACACUCCAAGGUGACCUACGAGGCCCACAAGGAAUACUUAGCUAAGAUGUACGAAGAGUACCAGCGUCAGGAGGAGGAGAACAUGAAGAAAGGGAAGAAAGGCUGUGUGUCCACCAUCUCCGGGCUCUCUGCUGUGCCCGCCCCUGUGGUCAACGGGAACCUGGAGAUCGACGACAACUCCCAGACACAGACGCCGGAGAGCGAGGCCGAGUACAGCGAGGGGGCCAACCUCCUGGCUGAAGGCGCCGUGAAGCGACCCAACGGAGAGGCCCUGACGCCCGGCGAGCAGAGCGCCGGGCCAGGCGUGAGGGUGGAGGUCCACGACCUGCUGGUGGACAUUAAAGCCGAGAAAGUAGAGGCCACAGAGGUGAAGCUGGAUGACCUCGACCUUUCUCCUGAAGGCCUUAGUGGAGGUGUGGUUGUAGUAGGUGGGGGAGGAAUGGAGAACGGGCCUCUGGUGGAGGUGGACUCUCUCUUGGACAGUGCUUACUGCGCUGUCGUCCAGAACAUGAACGGGAGUCUGGCGCCUAAAGAUGACACGCCGGCCUCAGGGGUUGGACUGGGGCCCAGCCUGGGGCUCUCGGGGGUCAGCCUGGAGGACGACGGGAACAUGGGGCCCCUCAUCACUUUGGCUGAUGAGAAGGACAGCGUCCCGAGCAACAACGGGUUUCUCUUCAGCAAGGUUGAUGAGAAGCUUCUUCCAGCUCUGGCAGCCACAGACCCCCUGGUGCUGCCCAGUCCAGAGCAGCCCACUUCAUCCGGCCCAGUGCCCUCCCUCUCCACCACCAGCGCCAGUGACGACCUCAGUCUGCUCGCCCACAUGACCAGCUGCGGCUCUGAUCUACAGACCCAGAGCCACACAGCCGGGGAGCUACCGGAGGACGGGCUCUUCAAGAUCCAGAGCCCCAUCGCUGACAUCAGCUCCAUUGCUGAGGCCGAGAGCCAGAUCCAGAUCCAGGCGGCCUCCAGACCAGAUUUCCCAGAGGGAGAGGGCACGGCCGGGGCGGAGGGAGAGGCCGCUGGGCAGAAGACGGGCGGAGACACGGCCAGCACCACCUCGGAUACAGAGAGGUCGGACGACGGGAAGGACAAAGACACAAAGAAGAUCCAAACGACCGCGACUACUCAGGCCCUUCACGGCCGCACCGCCGCGCAGCUGGAGCGGGACCUCCGCGUGGACCUGGGCUUCAGGGGAAUGCCCAUGACGGAGGAGCAGCGCCGGCAGUUCAGCCCCGGCCCACGCACGACCAUGUUCCGUAUCCCCGAGUUCAAGUGGUCCCCCAUGCACCAGAGGCUGCUCACCGACCUGCUGUUCGCCCUGGAGACCGACGUGCACGUGUGGAGGAGCCACUCAACCAAGUCGGUGAUGGAUUUCGUGAACAGCAAUGAAAACAUCAUCUUCGUCCACAACACCAUCCACCUCAUUUCUCAGAUGGUGGACAACAUCAUCAUCGCCUGUGGAGGCAUCCUUCCUCUCCUGUCCGCCGCCACCUCCCCUUCCAGUUCUAAGAAUAGUGCCAACGCUACGGAGCUGGAGAACAUCGAGGCGACGCAGGGCAUGUCCUCGGAGACGGCGGUCACCUUCCUCUCGCGUCUCAUGGCCAUGGUGGACGUGCUGGUGUUCGCCAGCUCCCUCAACUUCAGCGAGAUCGAGGCCGAGAAGAACAUGUCGUCGGGAGGGCUGAUGAGGCAGUGUCUCCGCCUGGUUUGCUGCGUGGCGGUGAGGAACUGUCUGGAAUGCCGGCAGAGACAGAGAGACCGGAGCUGCAAGUCCUCCUUAACCAGCAGCAAGUCACAGGACAGCCUGCACAGUGCCUCCAACACCAGCAAGCAGGAUCCAGACAGACUCCUUCAGGAUGUCGACAUCAACCGUCUCCGAGCUGUAGUAUUCAGAGACGUGGACGACAGUAAGCAAGCUCAGUUCCUGGCGCUGGCAGUCGUCUACUUCAUCUCGGUCCUCAUGGUGUCUAAGUACCGGGACAUCUUGGAACCCCAGCGGGAGAUUUGCAGAUCCACCAGCCUAUCAGGGAGAAGCAUCCGUCACGAGAUCAACUCCCCAACCAGUACAGAGCACCCAGCCACAGCUUUCUCCGACAAGCAGACCCCCACCCCCUCGGAUGACUCUCCCCGGGCCGGACUCCCCCACACGGACUCGGGCAUCGGAGAGGAGGGUCACGUGGCCGGGUCCCUGAACGGCUCGGAGAUGGGUCUCGGCCUGGGCCUGGGCCUGGUCGGGAGAGAGACAGACAGGGAUCGAGACAGAGACAUGGGGGGAGGAGGAGGAGGAGGCACGGACCUGUUGUGCAGCCUGUCUGACGUCAGGAGGUCACAGGAGAGCCUUCUGGAUUCUCCCCACAACCCCGGCUCCAACCCCAACGCCCCGCCCUCGUCCAUCUCCAGCAUCAGUCAGACAAACAAAGGCAUCAAUGUCAAGGAGAUCCUGAAGAGUUUGGUGGCAGGACCAGUCGAUGGAGGGGACCUGGGUCAGGAGUCGGGGCCGACGCCCUACCACCCCGACCCCGCCCUGAAGACACACCCCAUGCUGCCCAUGCAGUUCCACUCCUUCGACAGGAGUGUCGUGGUUCCAGUCAAGAAGCCGCCACCCGGCAGCCUGUCAGUCAACACCGUGGGCACACCCACCACUGGCGGGUCGACCGCGGCGGGCUCCACACCCAACAUCUUUGCUGCCGCGACAGCAACACCCAAGAGCAUGAUCAACACUACAGGUGCCACAGACUCCGCGUCCUCUUCCUCCUCCUCCUCCUCCUCGUUCGUCAACGGUGCCACGAGUAAGAAUCUGCCGGCGGUGCAGACGGUGGCUCCCAUGCCAGAAGACACGAUGGAGAACAUGAGUGCCUAUUGUGAGGUGGCGCAGUGUGCGCUGCGCAGCGGUCAGACGCCCCCUGAGCUCAAGUCCUUUAGCUCCCUGGCAGGCUUCCAGACUGCCCCCCGAGAUGCAGGACAGUGUUUUAGCAUCACCACCAAGCUGGAGCGCGCCCUGGAGAAGGUGGCGCCGCUGCUGAGGGAGAUCUUUGUGGACUUCGCCCCCUUCCUGUCCAGGACGCUGCUGGGUAGCCAUGGGCAGGAACUGCUCAUAGAAGGCCUGGUGUGUAUGAAGUCAAGCACGUCUGUGGUGGAGCUUGUGAUGCUGCUCUGUUCUCAGGAAUGGCAAAACUCCAUUCAGAAGAACGCUGGUCUGGCCUUCAUUGAGCUGAUCAAUGAGGGAAGACUUCUGUGUCACGCCAUGAAGGAUCACAUUGUGCGCGUUGCCAACGAGGCCGAGUUCAUCCUGAACAGACAGAGAGCGGAGGACGUUCACAAGCACGCUGAGUUUGAGUCGAACUGUGCACAGUAUGCCGCGGACCGGAGAGAGGAGGAGAAAAUGUGCGACCACCUCAUCAGCGCCGCUAAGCACAGAGAUCAUGUGACGGCCAACCAGCUGAAGCAGAAGAUCCUCAACAUCCUGACCAAUAAGCACGGAGCGUGGGGGACAAUGUCCCAGAGCCAAUUACAUGACUUCUGGCGUCUCGACUACUGGGAGGACGACCUGAGGAGGAGACGGAGAUUUGUGCGAAAUGCCUUUGGCUCCACCCACGCCGACAUGUCACUCAAAGCCCUGGAGGACUAUGGAACAGAAGAGGAAGAGGAGGGGGUGAAGUCGAAAAAGAAUUUGCGCAACCAGUCAGUAGUCGCCCAGAACCCGGAGGCGGAGUUAAUGCUGGAGGGAGACGAUGACGCCGUCAGUCUGCUGCAGGAAAAAGAGAUUGAUAACCUUGCAGGACCCGUGGUUCUGAGCACCCCCGCUCAGCUGGUGGCUCCUGUGGUGGUGGCUCGCGGCACUCUGUCCAUCACCACCACCGAGAUCUACUUCGAGGUGGACGAGGACGACCCUGCCUUUAAGGACACGGACGCCAAAGUCCUGGCCUACUCAGAGGGUCUGCACGGCAAAUGGAUGUUCAGCGAGAUCCGAGCUGUGUUUUCAAGACGAUACCUUCUGCAAAACACUGGACUGGAGGUCUUCAUGGCCAACAGGACCUCUGUGAUGUUUAACUUCCCCGACCAGUCCACAGUCAAACGGGUGGUUUACAGUCUCCCCCGGGUCGGGGUCGGAACGAGUUACGGGCUCCCCCAGGCCAGGCGGAUAUCCUUAGCAACCCCUCGUCAGCUCUUCAAGUCGUCCAACAUGACUCAGCGCUGGCAGAGGAGAGAGAUCUCCAACUUUGAGUACCUCAUGUUCCUCAACACCAUUGCAGGGAGAACCUACAAUGAUCUGAACCAGUAUCCCAUCUUCCCCUGGGUCUUGACCAACUACGAUUCAGAGGAGCUCGAUCUCACCCUACCUGGAAACUUCAGAGACCUCUCCAAGCCAAUCGGUGCCCUGAAUCCCAAGCGGGCAGCCUUCUACGCAGAGCGCUACGAGACGUGGGACGACGACAGCACGUCCCCUCACCACUACACCACCCUGUACUCCACCGCUCACUCAACACUGAUGUGGAUGCUCAGAAUAGAGCCCUUCAGCACGUUCUUCCUCAACGCCAACGACGACAAGUUCGACCAUCCGGAUCGAGCCUUCUCCGGCAUCGGCCACUCGUGGAGGAACUGCCAGAGGGACACGGCUGACGUCAAGGAGCUGAUCCCGGAGUUCUACUAUUUGCCCGAGUUGUUUGUCAACAGCAACGAGUAUGAGCUGGGGAUGCGUGAGGACGGCGUCCCCGUGUGUGACGUGGAGCUCCCCGCCUGGGCCAAGAAACCUGAGGACUUUGUCCGCAUCAACCGGAUGGCACUGGAGAGCGAGUUUGUGUCGUGCCAGCUUCACCAGUGGAUCGAUCUAAUAUUUGGCUACAAGCAGCGGGGGCCGGAGGCGGUCCGAUCCCUCAACGUGUUCGACUUCCUGUCCUACGAGGGGUCGGUGACCCUGGACAAUUUAGACGCUCCGCAGCGCGAGGUCAUUGAGAUGCAGAUUCAGCUCUGUGGUCAGGUCCCCUCGCAGCUGCUGAUCGAGCCACACCCCCCUCGCUCCUCCGCCAUGCACCUGUGUUUCCUUCCCCAGAGCCCUCUGAUGUUUAAGGAUCAGAUGCAGCAGGACGUCAUCAUGGUGCUCAAGUUCCCCUCCAACUCCCCCGUCACGCACGUCGCCGCCAACACGCUCCCCCACCUCAGCAUCCCGGCGGCUGUCACCGUCACGUGCAGCCGGCUGUUCGCAGUCAACCGCUGGCACAACACAGUCGGCCUUCGAGGAGCUCCAGGAUACUCCCUGGAACAGGCUCAUCAUCUCCCCAUCGAGAUGGACCCUCUCAUAGCAAACAACUCGGGCGUGAACAAGCGUCAGAUCACUGACCUGGUCGACCAGAGCAUCCAGAUCAACACGCACUGUUUUGUGGUGACGGCCGACAACCGCUACAUCCUGGUGUGCGGCUUCUGGGACAAGAGCUUCCGGGUUUACUCCACUGAAACUGGAAAACUGACCCAGAUUGUUUUUGGCCACUGGGAUGUGGUGACGUGUCUGGCGCGGUCAGAGUCCUACAUCGGAGGAGACUGCUACAUCGUGUCCGGCUCCAGAGACGCCACUCUUCUUCUGUGGUACUGGAGUGGACGACACCACAUAAUAGGCGACAACCCCAAUAACAGCGAUUAUCCUGCUCCCAGAGCGGUGCUGACGGGACACGACCACGAGGUGGUGUGUGUCUCUGUCUGUGCGGAGCUGGGACUGGUCAUCAGUGGAGCUAAAGAGGGCCCGUGCCUGGUCCACACCAUCACAGGGGACCUGCUGAGGGCUCUGGAGGGGCCCGAGCUGUGUCAGCGGCCCCGCCUCAUCUCAGUGUCCAGCGAGGGCCACUGCAUCAUCAACUACGAGAGAGGCCGCUUCUGCAACUUCAGCAUAAACGGGAAACUGCUGGCACAAAUGGAGGUCAACGACUCCACACGGGCCAUCCUGCUGAGCAGCGACGGACAGAACCUGGUCACAGGAGGCGAUAACGGAGUUGUGGAAGUGUGGCAGGCGUGCGACUUCAAACAGCUUUACAUCUACCCAGGCUGUGAUGCCGGUAUCCGCGCCAUGGACCUCUCCCACGACCAGAGGACCCUAAUCACUGGCAUGGCGUCCGGCAGCAUCGUGGCGUUUAACAUCGACUUCAACCGCUGGCACUACGAACACCAGAACAGGUACUGAGGUCCGCCGGCUCGAGGAGGAGGGAAGGAGAGAAGAAGGAGAGAUGAAGAAAGGAGACGAUGCAUUGUUCUGUGUAUCUGCGACGCGGGGGAAACGACACGCACUGAGAGGAAGAGGAAAAAACAAGAACCGGACCUGAGGCUCUAUUCUGAUGAGAAGCUUGCUGGAAAGAAAAGCGUCCUCCCGUGCAGCACGCGUGAAAAUACACACACGUGUGUAACCACAGACACAUACUACCCCCCCCCCCCCCCCCCCCUUCGAAGAUACACACCAAAACCUGCUAAUAAACUAGACAAGACUGCAGAACGGGGGGGAGAGAGAGAAAGUCAAGCAGACGCUGUAGAGGUCGAUCGAACCCGAGCCAGUCGCUGCUCCAGGUCCGCUUAACGCUUCACAGACUAUGAACCUACGUUUUUUUUCUCUCACUUUUCUUCUUCAUGCUUUCACAUUUUGUUCUGUCCCUUUCGUUUGAGCGGAGGAAGACUCUGAAUUCGAGACUCCUUCAAUGUGUCCCGAGCAGAUUAGAACCGGGAUCCGGCCCCACCCACUGUUCCAAAAAGCGGUGCUAUUGGCUUGACCUUAAAUUCACCCGUGAAAAAUGGCCUGUGGGGGGGGGGGAGUUUGAUUUUGAUUUUCUCUUAUUGAUUUUUACCAGGUGUUUAUUUCAUUUUCUAACUUCAUUAUUCUUUUCUUUUACCCACAGCAGGGUUAGGUCUGACGUUUCUGUAAAUACGACUCUGCUUCCUUCAGGGUCCACACUCGUUCUUUCACGACACACAAACUGCGCUUAUCACCUUUAAUUUAUUAAUGACUUGCUGUAUGUAAAAUAUUGUGUAAUAAUUAUUAUAACGUUGACAAGACUGAUGGUAAUGACGACAGUGUCAAGGAUGGUGAUUGUUUUGCCGGAGAUAGAAACGAUGGAGCGGUCUUUCUUGCCAGUGCCACCGCGGCUGACGACCACGAGACCGACAUGAUUUCCUUUGUAUAUUUGGUGAUUGUUUUGUCAAAUAUGUAAAUAGAGUCUUGGUUCAGGCUCGGUGCGAGACCUAAUCAGCUGAAUAAGACUGAAGCCGCAAAGGAAACCUUCACUUACACACAUUUGUUGAUUAUUUAAAAAAAAGGAAAAAAAGAAGAGAAUCAAAUCAAUGUAAAAGUUUGUUUUGUAUUUGCACUUUGCACCAAUCACAUAUCAUUAUUUAUUAGCUUGGUUCUU